GUGUGCCGGUGAGAUCUACGCUCUGCGCCACCCGCCGGCACCUCACGAGAGCCCCAUCAAAGGGUAGGAUCUGACUUCCGAGCAGCUCGUGUCUGUGGAGGCGGAGGUUAUCGAGGAACUCGGCAAGAUAGACCAGACGCCAGUCCAGCACGAGAUGCCGGGCGAGACCACUCUGGAGGAGACCGGUGCGAAGGAUGCUCGCAUCACCACAGGAGGUGAGGGCGAGCUACUAUUUUUGUCAAAGCAAAGAGAAGGAACGCUUCACGUUCGUUCUGGCUGUCAUGGCGGACGGCAAAAGGUUUUGCCGCGCAUCAUCGUCAAGGGCACGCCGUUCAUCCCCCCGACCGUUAGCGGCAAGGGCAAGAGCACCCUGCCGCGGAAGAACUACGUCGCGUGGGAGAACCAUCCUGCGAACCGCGCCGAGCACGGCCAUCCUGCCAACGGCAUGUCCUUCGGCGUGCAGGAGAAGAGCUGGAGUGACCAGCGGGAGUGCAACGGGUGGAUCUCGGGCAGCUGGAAGCUCCGUCCCAACAACGGCAGCAUCGUCCAGCAGCGCCCGUGCAUCCUGGUGCUGGACGACGUCAAGUGCCACAAGUACGAGGGUUUCAUCGCCGCCCUCAAGAGAGACGCCAACACCAUGGUCAUCUUCAUCCCAGGCGGGUUGACGCCCUUGCUCCAACCGCUCGACCGCAUGCUCAACAAGCAGAUGAAGCGGCUGCUUCGGGGCAAGUACACCGCCUACAGCACGUCGGCGGUCGCAGACGCCCGGUCGGGGAAGCUGAAGCCACCGGAGCGUGGGGUCGUCUCUACGUGGUGCAAGGAAGCGUGGGAGUCCAUCACCCCCGAGACGGUGAAGAGUUGCUUCAAGAUCUGCGGUCUCACGCUCGCGCUCGACGGCAGCGAAGACCACGCCUGGUGCGAUCACGACUUCGGGGAAGACUCCCAUGACCUUCUCGAGGAGCAGCACGCCGUGUGGCUCGCUGAGCACCCCGACGUGACUCUCCCGCCGCUCAAGCUGCCGAAGGUACCAGGGGGGUUCGACUCCAACCCCAUCACGGCUGCUCAGAAGGAGGUCGAGGGGAAGCUGCUACCCUACGUCGCUGAUGAGAGCGACAGCGAGGUGGAGGUCUUGGAGGGCGAUAGCGACGUGGAAGUCGUCGAGGGGCAGGGGGGCGGGGGCGCGGAAGGAAAUGUAGUCGAACUUUGA